AAAAAAAAAAAAACGAACGGAUAACGGGAAACGCGACUCGCGUCCCGCGUGACGAGUGUCUCCGGUCGGUCGUCCGCGUUCGUCCGCUAACCCCGUCCGUCGCGUCGGCCGUCGUCACCGCGUCCGAGCGCGCCCAGCGAAACAGUUCCGUUCGCACCCGGUCCCCGUCACCGCCGUCGAACGUUUCACACCGCGAUGGCCGUCCGGUUACCGCCGUAGGCCCUUGCCCGCGCCGCCGACCCGCCUCGGUCUUAUCGGCCCCACGGUACGGCACACACUCGCGCGUCCCGCCCGCCCCGCACGAUGCCGCUCGCCACCGCCGCGCCGGUGCCGUCUUCCGGUCCGUAACGCGACCAUGUCCGCCGCGUCUCUGCACAACGCCCGAACGAUAUACCAUGUCGCCGAGCCGGUGCGCUCCGAAGAUAACCGCUCGCACGUACGUCGCAAUCGUAGCCGCAGCCGUCGCCUGGCGCGUUCCGAAAUGCAACAGCUUAUCGAAUAUGAGCAUAACGGUGCCCGUGGCUGUCGCCUCUGGCGAUUCGGCCAAAAUGACGUGUACCUACGACCUGGAAUCUGAUCCGUUGUACACGGUCAAAUGGUACAAAGGCCGGCAGGAAUUCUUCAGGUACGUGCCGAAGGAACUGCCGCACACCAGAGUGUUCCCGUGGCCUGGCAUAAAUGUCGACAUUGGCCAAUCGGGACCGAACCAAGUGGUGCUCAGAGACGUCCAGAAACAUUUGUCUGGAAAAUACCGAUGCGAGGUAUCAGCGGACGCGCCAUCAUUUCACACCAAAAUCGUAUCCUCCUGGAUGCACGUCGUAUAUCCGCCCGUCGGACAACCUGUGCUUUCGCUGGAAAAACGGCAUUACACCAUCGGAGACACGUUGAAAGGCAACUGCACGUCACCGCCGUCCAGCCCACCGUCCAAUGUCACGUGGUAUCUGAACGAUAAAUGGAUGAACUCGAGCUACGGUAAAUCACCGUCAUUGCCGGACCGGUCGUCUACGAUGAACGUCGACGGGAUGCGAUCGACCACAGUUGGGCUGAAAUUGGAGGUGAACAGUUUCAAAGUGGGCAAGAUGCGCAUAAGAUGCGUGGCCGAGCUGUACGGCGUGUUCAAGACGUCCGCGGAAACUGUGCUGGACGAGGAGAAACCGCGAUUGGCUUCGAUUCUGGGCACGUUCUCGUCCACAGGUACAUUGAAGAUGACCUCUCAACCGUUUUGGAUCGUGAUAUUCAUUAGCAUGUGGAUGAGAUAACCAUAAAAAGUUAGAAAAUUAUUAAAAAAAAACCUAUAAAAAAAAGACAAAAAUAUUAAUCAAAUAAACAAGAAAAAAUACCACGUCAGUGAUUUUGUUGAUUUUCGUUUUAUGUAAAUCUGUAAAAUUUUAAAACGUGUUAUUUUGAAGUUGAAAAAACUUCGUAUAAAUAUUUAUGUAUACUGUUGUAAAUAUAAUUAUAUUAGAAAAAACAAUCUAUAGAAUAUUGUUAUGUGCGUAAUA